CGCCGGCUCGCCCCGCCUCCGGCCACGCCCACAGCGUCCAGUGCUCCAGAGGGAGAGGCAAAGGUUCAGCGCUCGGGGCCACCCGGGCCGGUGCCCCCCGCCCCGCCAGCCCGGCCGGCGCUCGGCGCGGCCCCACCCCCACGGUUUGGAGAUUGGCGGGACCCUUUCCUUCCCCAGUCCAGUUCGCCGUUCCGCCUCUGGCCUCCGAAGCUCCACCCUCCGCGGGCGAGGAUUGGCGGACCUCGCGCCCCGGCGCCCGGUGAUUGGUCCGCAUGAAUGAAGGUAACCGGCGAGAUCCCGCCCCCAGCCGGCGCUGGGUCUGGGGGCACAGCUCAGCGGGGCUGGCGCUGGCGCGGCUGGAGCCGCCGCCGCAUUGACAGCUCGGUCUGCGGACCAUGGACACCGGCGGCGGCCCACAUCCGCUGCGCCUGUUCGUCUGCCUCAUGCCCCUCUGUCUAGCGCUGCUUUUGGGACCUGGGAGGCCCGGGACCGCGGAGGAAGUCAUCCUCCUGGACUCCAAAGCCUCCCAAGCCGAGUUGGGCUGGACUGCACUACCGAGUAAUGGCUGGGAGGAGAUCAGUGGUGUGGACGAGCAUGAUCGGCCCAUCCGCACCUACCAGGUGUGCAAUGUGCUGGAGCCCAACCAGGACAACUGGCUGCAGACGGGCUGGAUUAGCCGCGGCCGUGGGCAGCGCAUCUUCGUGGAGCUGCAGUUCACACUUCGCGACUGCAGCAGCAUCCCGGGCGCUGCAGGCACCUGCAAGGAAACCUUCAACGUCUACUACCUAGAGACAGAGGUCGACCUAGGUCGUGGGCGUCCGCGCCCGGGCAGCAGCCGGCCCCGCAAGAUCGAUACAAUUGCGGCCGACGAGAGUUUCACGCAGGGCGACCUGGGAGAACGCAAGAUGAAGCUGAACACCGAGGUUCGGGAGAUCGGCCCGCUCAACCGCCGGGGUUUCCACCUGGCCUUCCAGGACGUGGGCGCAUGCGUGGCUCUGGUCUCGGUGCGCGUCUAUUACAAGCAGUGUCGGGCCACGGUGCGCGGCCUGGCGGUGUUUCCAGCCACGGCGGCAGAGAGCGCCUUCUCCACGUUGGUGGAAGUGACGGGAACCUGCGUGGCGCAUUCGGAAGGGGAUCCAGGCAGCCCCCCGCGCAUGCACUGCGGGGCAGAUGGCGAGUGGCUGGUGCCUGUGGGCCGCUGCAGCUGCAGUGCCGGAUUUCAGGAACGUGGUGAUACCUGUGAAGCCUGUCCCCCAGGGUUUUACAAGGUGUCCUGGAGAUGGCCCCUCUGCUCGCCGUGCCCGGAGCACAGCCGGGCCCCGGAAAGUGCCUCCACGUUCUGCGUGUGCCAGGACAGCUACGCGCGCUCGCCCACCGACCCGCCCUCGGCCUCCUGCACCCGGCCGCCGUCGGCGCCGCGGGACCUGCAGUACAGCCUGAGCCGCUCCCCGCUGGCGCUGCGACUGCGCUGGCUGCCCCCGGCCGACUCGGGCGGCCGCUCCGACGUCACCUACUCGCUGCUGUGCCUGCGCUGCGGCCGCGAGGGCCCGGCGGGCGCGUGCGAGCCGUGCGGGCCACGCGUGGCCUUCGUGCCGCGCCAGGCCGGGCUGCGGGAACGCGCCGCCACGCUGCUGCACCUGCGGCCCGGGGCGCGCUACACCGUGCGCGUGGCGGCGCUCAACGGCGUCUCGGGCCCGGCGGCCGCCGCGGGAACCACGUACGCGCAGGUCACCGUCUCCACGGGGCCCGGGGCACCCUGGGAGGAGGGCGAGAUCCGUAGGGACCGAGUAGAACCUCAAACUGUGUCCCUGUCCUGGCGGGAGCCCAUCCCUGCGGGGUCAGCGGGUGCCAACGGCACGGAAUACGAGAUCCGAUACUAUGAGAAGGGCCGGAGCGAGCAGACUUACUCCACGGUGAAGACAGGGGCGCCCGCGGUCACCGUCACCAACCUGAAGCCGGCCACACGCUACGUCUUUCACAUCCGGGCGGCUUCCCCGGGGCCCUCCUGGGAGACUCAGAGCUUCAACCCCAGCAUUGAAGUGCAGACCCCUGGGGAGGCUGCCUCCGCCUCCAGGGACCAGAGUCCCGCAGUCGUGGUCACCGUGGUCACCAUCUCUGCCCUUCUUGUCCUGGGCUCGGUGAUGAGUGUGCUGGCCAUCUGGAGGAGGCCCUGCAGCUACGGCAAAGGAGGCCGGGAUGCCCAUGAUGAGGAGGAGCUGUAUUUCCACUUCAAAGUCCCCACACGCCGCACGUUCCUGGACCCUCUGAGCUGUGGGGACCCGCUGCAGGCGGUUCAUCUCUUUGCCAAGGAGCUGGAUGCGAAGAGCGUCACUCUGGAGAAAAGCCUGGGAGCAGGGCGGUUUGGGGAGCUGUGCAGUGGCUGCCUGCAGCUGCCUGGCCGCCAGGAACUUCCCGUGGCCGUGCAUACACUGAGGGACGGCAGUUCCGACGCACAGAGGCUCAGCUUCCUGGCCGAGGCCCUGACACUGGGCCAGUUUGACCACAGCCAUGUGGUGCGACUGGAAGGGGUCGUCACCCGAGGGAGCACCUUGAUGAUCGUCACUGAGUACAUGAGCCAUGGAGCCCUGGAUGGUUUCCUCAGGCGCCACGAGGGCCAGUUGGUGGCCACGCAGCUGCUGGGCCUACUGCCUGGACUGGCAUCCGCUAUGAAGUACCUGUCAGAGAUGGGCUAUGUGCAUCGGGGCCUGGCAGCCCGGCGCAUUCUACUGGGUGGCGGCCUCGUCUGCAAGAUCUCAGGCUUCGGGCGGGGUCCCCGCGACCGGGCAGAGGCUGUCUACACCACCAUGAGUGGCCGGAGCCCGGCGCUGUGGGCUGCCCCCGAGACGCUGCAGUUCGGCCACUUCAGCUCAGCCAGUGACGUGUGGAGCUUCGGCGUGGUCAUGUGGGAGGUGAUGGCCUCUGGGGAGCGACCCUACUGGGACAUGUCUGGCCAAGACGUGAUCAAGGCUGUGGAGGAUGGCUUCCGGCUGCCACCCCCCAGGAACUGCCCCGCCCCCCUGCACCGCCUGAUGCUUGACUGCUGGCAGAAGGAUCCAGGUGAGCGGCCCAGGUUCUCCCAGAUCCACAGCAUCCUGAGCAAGAUGGUGCAGGACCCAGAACCCCCCAAAGGGGCCGCGACCUCCUGUCCCAGGCCCCCCACCCCGCUGGCCGACCGUGCCUUCUCUGCCUUCCCCUCCUUUGGCUCUGUGGGCGCGUGGUUGGAGGCCCUGGACUUGGGCCGCUACAAGGACAGCUUCGCAGCUGCUGGCCACGGGAGCCUGGAGGCCGUGGCCGCCAUGACUGCCCAGGACCUGCUUAGCCUGGGCAUCUCGUCGGCAGAACACCGGGAGGCGCUUCUCAGCGGGAUCAGCGCCCUGCAGACGCGAGUGCUCCAGCUGCAGGGCCAGGGGGUGCAGGUGUGACAGCGCCCCGCUCCGGGCCCAGCCACCCAGCAUCCCUCAGUGGUGCUCCGCCCGCCCGCCUGCCCACCCUGUGGGGGCGGCCUCUGGUCCUCUGGCUGGAGCUGGCUUGGGUCCCCUUUCCCGUUUCACUGCCUCCGCCUCCAUCUGCCCAAUCUGAGCAUCCUGGUGGACCCCGUGCCC